AUGUGGUCAAGCUUGGUUCAUGCAUUACUGAAGGAACUGGUUCACAAGGCAAUUAGUGAGACAGUGGAGCUAAAGCAGUAUCCAUCUCUUAGAGUGGAGGUUGGGAAUGCCGCCAUUGAAUCAUUGGACAGGAUGAGGGAUGAAAGCAAGAAAGCAACUCUACAGCUAGUUGAAAUGGAAUAUAGUUACCUGACAGUUGAUUUCUUCCGGAAACUUCCUCAAGAUAUCGAGAAGGGUGGGAAUCCCACGCAUUCCAUUUUUGAUAGAUAUAACGAUUCAUAUCUUCGGCGAAUUGGAUCAAAUGUCUUGUCUUAUGUCCAUAUGGUUUGUGGGGGGUUGAGGAACUCCAUUCCAAAGUCCAUCGUUUACUGUCAAGUGCGUGAGGCAAAACGUAGCCUACUUGAUCAUUUCUUCACCGAUUUAGGGAAGAAAGAGGGGAAACAAUUGGGUUCACUGCUGGAUGAGGAUCCAGCAAUAAUGCAGCGGCGAGUUUCUCUUGCAAAGAGGCUGGAAUUAUACAGAGCUGCCCAAGCAGAGAUUGAUUCAGUUGCUUGGUCAAAAUAGUUGUGGAAGAUUGCAUAUCCCCCCCCCCCCCCCC